AAAAAAAGUUUAGAGAAAUUGAAUAUUAGGUUGUGCUGUUCAUGCAUUUGUAAGAGACUUUCUGCUACAGACAAGGAAAAAUGAACUAGUUUAGAUUCAUAAGAAGCAAUAUAGAGCUAAUUUACUUCCUGGUGCCUUGAAACCCAGGUUGACAGGUACAGUGUGGUAUUCUGGCUGUGGUGUCCUCUGCCCUAUUAAAGGGGCACCUGUUGAAGUGAAAAGCUUGUGGGUUGAGAGUGCAUUUUUUUUGUUUUCUUUAAAAACAAAAUGUAUUCCUUAUUGUUACAUAUACUUUGCUGCUUUUGAGACUGAUGAGGUAAGCCCUUUGUUCCAACUGUACUGAAUUUCCAGUGAACUAGUGGGUGAAUUUUCCAAUGUAGUCACUUGAUUCACAGCAUUUGCUUUCAUAUCUUUAUAUCAGAUUGCUUUUAAAAUCUUUGUAGCUUUAAUCACCUUUCAGGGUUCAGAUUUAUCUCCAUUGGGAGAUUGUGGCCUUUACCCUUUGGCAGGUUUCCAGAUAAACUGCUCUUUUGCAGAGGCUGAACCCACUUUAUCCUUCCACUCUUGGGUGGUGGAGAACCUAGGUCACUUGGGUAAUGCCGGACGGUCCCCCACCUUUGCCUUGGGCUGGCUCAGACGCUCACUUGCCCGGCGUCUGCCUCCUCUCUUGACUGGAAGGGGUCUGGCUUUUGAGGGCCCGGAAGGUAUUUAUUUACUAAUGUGCAUUUGCGUAAUGAAGAAUGUAUUCCAGACAGCACCUUGCAACUGAGCGCUGAGAAUUCGGCCUAUUUGUGGUGGACGUUCUGCAACUCCUGAUUUUUGGCUUAAUAGGCAGUUUACAGCAUAGCCAGACUUAGUUUUCAAAAAGACAGAACCCCAGAGACCCUACCUUUAAAUCAUAGUAAGAACAAAAAACCUUAUUGACCUAACUGCAUUAUGUGACAGCAAAUGGUUUAAAGUGCAGAACAUGUAGCCUCCCGCCUCCCCCCAUAGAGUUUUUGCAUUUCUUUGAAAGCUAGAGAACACUGUCAGUAAUUGCUAAAAUAAUGGCUAAUGCUUGAGCAGGUAUUAUUCCAGCGUGGAGAGGGGGCCCAUUAUUGCGCGUGUUCUGUGCGCCACCGCGAGCUGGUUGCCAACGCACUGGGUCUGGGCUCCGCGGGGCGGGGCCGCCGGGAGGCGGAGCGAGCUGGGGCGGGGCCUCCGGGCCGUCGCCAGUGCGCAUGGGCCGACAUCCUCCGCUCGGAUAGACCCCCUUCAGUUUCCGCUGUUGUAGGAAAAACGUUGUGAAGGCGGUUAGCAGAGUGUCCCCUGAGAGCGCCGGUCGCGGAAAUGUCUGAUGAGAAAGGUUCCCUCGGGGGAGGUGUAGAGAAAGGAGAGGAGCCGGUGGGGACCAUCGCUGCUAGUGCGUACUCUGUGAAGCAGGCGGACGAUGGGGAGGAACCGAUGAAGGUGGGAGUGGCGCUGGGGGCUGGUGGCUGCUCUGACGACCUCAGCUAUGGGGAGGCCAGCAUAGACCCCAGCCUCCUAGGGCUUGCGGGGGACGAGGAGAAAUGCCGGAAAAUCCGCAAGAAGUACCGGCAGCUCAUCUAUAACGUCCAGCAGAACCGUGAUGACCUAGUGAACACCGUGAGCGACUCGUUAACCUUGGCGCUGGAAGAAGCCGAUGUCCUGUUUGAUGGAGUGAGCCGAACAAGAGAAGCCGCUCUCGAUGCCCAGUUUCUUGUUCUGGCUUCUGAUUUGGGUAAAGAAAAAGCAAAGCAACUAAAUUGCGAUAUGAGCUUUUUUAACCAAGUAGCGUUUUGUGACUUUCUGUUUAUAUUUGUGGGUCUAAACUGGAUGGAAGAGGAACAUGAGGAAUUGAGUGGCUUUGAUGAUAAUAUAGUUCUUUCCUUCUGGGACACAGUACAGAAGGAGGCGUCGUCCUGGAUUUUGCAAGCUGAGACAUUCCACUUUAUUUUUGGUUCAUUCAAGUCCAAACCUGCACCAAGGCCCCGACUUGAACACCUCAAAAAAGCUCUCAAAAUGGAAGAAAAUGGGGAUAUGCCUACAAAGCUGAGGAAGUUGGACCUGAGUAAUAAUCAAGAAACAACGGAAAAAGAAGUAGAAAGAAUCUUGGGAUUGUUGCAAACUUACUUUCAGAAGUAUCCUGAUACUCCUGUGUCCUAUUUUGAGUUUGUGAUUGAUCCAAACUCUUUUUCUCGUACUGUGGAGAAUAUAUUUUAUGUUUCUUUCAUUAUAAGGGAUGGUUUUGCGAGACUAAGGCUUGACCAAGACAGGCUGCCAAUAUUAGAGCCAAUUAAUAUUAACCAAGUGGGUGAGGGAAAUGAUCCCUGUUCUCAUGGCAGGAAACAAGGAGUUAUAUCUUUGAGUUUACAGGACUGGAAAAAUAUUGUGGCAACUUUUGAAAUUUCAGAGGCUAUGAUCACAAACUCCUACUAGGGAUUUUUGUUCUUCAUGUAGGAUGCAUUUUGUGGCUUUUCUAAAGUAUCUCAAAAUGGAGAGUAAAAUCAAGCAGAAGCACAUAACUGUUUCAUGUAAAGUGAGAAAGUAUUUUCAAAAAUGCCAGAAAUUGUUUUACUGUGCAGUGUAUUUUUUUU